GUUCAUUGAACCAAUCGUCAAACGAGUCUCUCCCGACCUCGGCAGAUUGACAGCCAACCACACCAAUCGGGAGACCUACAGAACAAAUAGGCCGCCCCUGCCACAGCCGAUGGAUAGUUCGAGAACACGAAUCAGAGAAGGGGACUAUGGAUUUGGACCAAUAGGAGGAUGGCAGGGAGGCAGGUGGUGUUGCAGCGCCCGCCCCGGAGCCAGGCCGGCGAGCAGCGGAGUGGGUGCAGACGAGAAACGGCGCUCAGGAACAGGCAGGAAGCAAAAUGGCGGCUGCGGGUGUUGGCGUUGCUGCCGCCGCCGCUGCCGCCUUAAAACUCCUAGCGGGUUCCGAAGUCAGGGUAACGGUGGAUCACGUCGUGGACGACGCAUUGGUCGUGUCCCUGCGUUUCGAAGAGAAGCUUUUCUCAGGAGUUCUAAUGGAUAUUUCCAGAAGGUUUUUUCUGGCCUCCAGAUUUGCUUUCGAAGUCAACCUUCCUGCGUGUCCCCCCCUCUCAACCUGGUGAGAGCCCAAGAUGCCCCCAACAUGGUAAUGUGUGCUGUUCUUGGAUCAAGAGUUGGGAAAUUCUUAUGCUUAGAAUUGGUUUUAUUGGCCAUUUCACCCCAAUUAUUGCCAGGAUUAGUAUUUUGGGAGCAGAACCAGCCAGCAAUUCUUAGAGCCAGGAUGCAAUGGUUUGGGCCCUAUGGAAUUCCUGUGACUGUGCUUCCAAAAAGGGACUACAAGGAUAAAACUGACUUACUGCAACUUCAAUGUGAACCAUUCCAGCAACAGAUCCAGCAAAGUUCAAAAUCAGCAGGUACAUGUGAAGCAGCAUCUUUGGUACCUUCUACACACCCUAGUGUGGUUGAAAGCCUGUGGACUGCAAAACCUGCACCGUUAUUUUACGAAGGAGCACCUUAUCCUCCUCCACUCUUUAUUAGACAUACUUAUAACCAGUCUAUACCUCAACCUCCUCCAAGAAGGAUUAAACGACCUAAAAAGAAAAUGUUCAGAGAGGAGUCUACUUCCAUAAUGAAUUCUAUUAAACUCCGACCAAGACAAGUUUUAUGUGACAGAUGCAAAAAUAGUAUUUCUGCAGAUAAAAAAGAGUUGAGAAGGGGCAGCAGCACAAAUGACACUUCUCGAAAUGAGGACAAGAAACGAAAAAAUGACAGUGCGCCUGCAGUAUCUAAGAGACUAAAAACAGAUCAUAAACUGGAAGCAAAAACGCAGUAUGAUGGUCAGAAGAGAAAUACAGUCAUUAAAAUUUCAAAUCUAACUACAGGCAAGGGCAAAGUAGUCAAGAUUUCUUCCCAAGUACAUAGUUCUAAAGUGCAGUUGAAUCCCAAGAAAGUGCUACAGAACAAGAACGUAGAUCACACGAAAGCCAGGGAAGUAUUGAAAAUGGCCAAAGACAAAGUUCAAAAGAAACAGCAGGAAGUUUCUUCAUCUGGUGGUACCAUUCCAAAAGUUCAUUUUACACGGCGCUUUCAAACCACCAACUCUGGCUCUCUCCCUCCACGGAUUCGUUUAAAACCACAAAGGUACAGGAAUGAAGAAAAUGAUUCUGUUUACAAGGCUAAACUUGAUAGACUACGCAGCUGUAAGACAGUGUCCAAAGCGCCGCCUCGCUGUACCUCUUCCCGCUCAGCAGGUGAGCAGCCUUCUGAAAAAGAUAGUCCCACAAAAGGGUUGGAACAGUCCACUGAUGAGAAUAAAGACACCAGGGAAAUAAAAUGGCCUUGUGAGCAAGAUGAAAAACAAUUGGGGAAAAGGGGCAGAGGAGGCAAUAUAACUGUUUAUAUGACCUACAGUCAAAAUAAAUCUGACUCUUCCACCUUUUCAGUUUGUAGUAGUGAUAGUGCAGAUGAUAUAAAAUCCUCCAACUCAGAAUGUAGUUCUACUGAAACAUUUGACUUUCCUCCAGGCAGUAUGCAUGUACCUUGCUCUUCCUCCUCAAAAGAAGAAAAGCUCACUAAUUCCUUGAAAGUGAAAGUCUUUACCAAAAAUGUCUCUAAAUGUGUGACUCCAGAUGGCAAGACCAUAUGUGUAGGGGACAUUGUUUGGGCCAAGAUUUACGGUUUCCCCUGGUGGCCUGCCCGCAUACUUACUAUAACUGUGAGCCGGAAAGAUAAUGGCUUUUUAGUAAGACAGGAGGCCAGAAUUUCAUGGUUUGGGUCCCCAACAACAUCUUUCCUGGCUCUUUCACAAGUCUCCCCAUUUUUAGAAAACUUCCAGUCACGGUUUAACAAGAAGAGAAAGGGCCUUUACCGAAAGGCCAUCACAGAGGCAGCCAAGGCUGCAAAGCAGCUGACACCUGAGGUGCGGGCCCUGCUGACACAAUUUGAAACAUGAAAACAUCAAAGAAGCCCGUCGACACUAAAGGUUCUGGCUGCUGUUUAAGAUGUCCACUACACUGCCAUUUGUUGGGCUGCAACGUUCAGACACCCAAUAUGCCAUCUUGUCCGAAGUUUGUGGGGAGGGUUGCUGGAGAGAAAAUUAAUAUGACUGUCUAGUCAUAACUGAAAUAAACAUGACACUUGUACCUAUUGUACAUUGCUUUCUCACAUGGAAAAUGGAAGAUAUUUUUUAAAAAAGAUUUUGCAAUUCUUAAUGCAUGUUGAGAUUUUUCUGACACACAAGUAUAUAUGACCCACUUGAAAUGGCAAAUUCUUUCUUAGAAAUUCUUUUCAUGUGAUGUGCCCUGUUUAAAACGUGGUCACUGGAUGAGUCCACAGGUAAAUGAACCCGGACAUUUCUUACAAGUACUGUAGUCCUUUUUUUAUUUUUUAUAUAAAUCCUGAGAGUUGGAUUUUAAUUAUGAAUUCAGUUUUAGAAAUUGAACCAUUUGUCAGGGAUUUUUUUACAUGUAGUACUGUAUUUGCUCUCCAUUGGUUUUGCUUAGUUGCUUAAUAUUUAAGCUAUGGUCCACAUUUUAGUUUUGUCUUCAUAUCAAAAGGAGCCCAAUGUCAAUUAUUUUGUGGACUUUAAUACCUUUUAAUUAUGUGAUUCAGCUUUAAGGUUUGCAUAAAAUUGAAUGUUUUAAGAAUGUGGUGUAAAACAAUUCAAGAGAUUAAAAUUUAGAUUGUAUUAUGA